AGCUAUAAAACUGACGAAAUAGAGGGAGCGCUUAACGAACUUUGCAAUAAAAAGGGGACUGAAAGCUGCCUGAUGCAACACUUCAUAGCAUCAAGAAAAGACUGGAUAACUCACGACAAGACAAAGACGCCAAGAUGUUGAAGACUGCAUUUUUUCUAUGUCUUGUAGGUCUGGCAGUUUCCAUACAAAAACCGAUGAUGACCAAAAGAUGUGCUGGAACUCACACAAAGAAACCAUCCGUGUGCCGUGACGAGUACUUGCCAGGGGGGUCUUUUACACAGAAAGUCCCAAUAAAAGGAAAGGGUUAUCAUGGACAGACAGCUGGAUACAGAAUUGAAACUGUCACCUACGGACCGAGUAAAAAGCUGUACUUCGCUUACUCUGAAGACGAGACAUGUUACUGGCAGUGUCACGUUCGGCCCGUGGCUAUCCUCAGACCUUGUCCCCUGGGGACGGUGUUCAAGGAGGAGCUACAGGCCUGCGUGUAGUUAGAAUAUACGAUGAAAAUGCAGCUCCCGACCUCAAUUUGCGCAGUAGAUUCCUUGGCAUCGAGCUAAAGUUAAAUAGCUCAACAGGAUGACUUUAACGCCAGCUUAUAGCAGUUUCAGCUUUAAUCCACUUCCGGUACCAUAGAACCACCCAGGUUGCUUCACGUGUUGCGUAGACUUCAAAAGCAGUAUCCCCGAUAUGUAACAGCGAUUGCAAUUCAUACGAACUUCCACGGGCGAUAGAAAACACUCAUUCUUAAUUAACCUGAUUUGUCGAUUUUUGAAUAGUUUCAUCCAAGAUUUACAUUGUAAUCCAUACAAUACAGGCGUGAUUUUUGGAACAAAGCGAUGACUUGAAAUCAGUUCAAUGUAUACAUAAAAUCAUCACUUUUGUAAGUGUUUAUUGUUGUUUACAAUCGUUCUUAUUUUGAUGGAAAAUUAUAUGUGUAGUAAGUAGAGAAUUUAAGAAAAUUAAGAGUACAAGACAAUCGUUCCUACUUUUAAGACAGCAAGUUUUGGAAUUUAUUAACAGAAUUUGAAAAGCAGCACGAUAAAUAACCUAUAGUUUGAAAUGAUAAUUAUUUACUGAUUUCUCUUGCAAUGUAUUUAUGCAGGUUGUAUUGGAAUAAAAUCACUUGUUGCAUUUAA